UAAUAACGCUUAGACUGAUCUAGUUAUCGAAAUAAGUAGUAGAAGGAUUUGAAGCGUUAUCAGGGAUCAUCCAGUCAGGCCGUCAAGUGGUUGUAUUUCAAAUGGUUUAGAUAAACUACAAUAUAAGUAGAUACUUAGAUCCUCGAAGAAAUGGAUCAUUCAAUGCUGAUAUCGGAAUAUCGGAAACACAUACUUAUGCUCGUUCUUUAGUUUUCAUUCAAUAGUUUGUGCUACAGUGUGUAUUGAAGUGUUUGUGUGAAAAUGGAGAAUAAUAAUACGAAGAAAGUUGACAUCAGUCACAUCAGUGGCAAUGCCGUGUCCUAUCACCAUGACGACAACAGUGUAGCGGACGGUUACGGCAUGUUCCAGUCCAGGGAACAGAUCAUCUCGGACUCCAAAGGACAGUUGGAGUUGGAGAAUGGAAAGGCCCUGAAUGGUCAACACAACGAUGGUCAUCAUCAUGUGACGCAUCCCACUUCAUACGCUGACACGAUGUUGCACCUGUUCCGUGGGAACAUUGGUACGGGUCUCCUGGCCAUGGGAGAUGCCUUCAGGAACGGAGGCAUCGUCUUCUCGCCCAUAGUCACCGCACUGCUUGGCAUCAUCUGCGUACAUGCUCAACAUUUACUGCUCAACUGUUCAGAAGAGAUGCAUCGUCAGUCGAAACGUGACCGACCCCCAGGGUUCGCAGACACGGUAUACCUGGUGUUUGCCAAUGGCCCCCUGAAGUACCGAGGACUGGCAGCCUUCAUGAAGGUGCUGGUGAAUGGGUUCCUCUGCAUCACACAGCUCGGCUUCUGCUGUGUCUACAUCGUAUUCAUCGCGAAUAAUGUUAAAAUGAUUUGCGACCAGUACAAUAUACACAUUGACUUAUCAAUCCACAUGAUAUUUGUGGUGGUGCCAGUACUCCUGGCUUGCAUGGUGCGUAACCUCAAGUACCUUACGCCAUUCUCCACCAUCGCCAACAUUAUGAUGGCUACGGGAGUCGCCGUGGUGGUCUACGAAGCCACCCAGGACCUGCCUGCCGUGGAGACCAGGGAAUACAUAGGAACAUGGCAACAACUGCCUCUUUACUUUGGAACUGCCAUUUAUGCCUUUGAGGGAAUCGGAUUGGUUCUGCCCCUCAAGAAUGAAAUGCGCAACCCGGAGAAGUUCCAGAAGCCUUUGGGUGUGUUGAACGUGGGCAUGGUAGUGGUGGGCAGCAUCUUCAUCACCGUGGGGUUCCUCGGCUACCUGAAGUGGGGAGAUGAUGUGCUCGGCAGCUUGACUCUGAACUUGCAGCCAGGCAGAGUACUCAGCAAUGUGGUGCAGGCUUUGAUCGCGCUAUCAAUUCUGUUCACCUACCCCCUGCAGUUCUACGUACCCAUCGCGAUCACUUGGCCCACCAUACAGAAGAAAUACGCUACAACCAAUCCCAUUGCUAAGGAACUGGGUUACAGAGCUCUUCUGGUACUGCUUACUUUUGUCCUAGCAGAAUCGAUUCCUGAGCUCGGUCUCUUCAUCUCGCUGGUGGGAGCUGUGAGCAGCACAGCCUUGGCUCUGAUGUUCCCGCCCCUCAUCGAGCUCGUGUACACAUCCCAGAAGCCCGAAGGGAUCCCCAAACACAUGCUAAUCAAAGACGGAUUCAUCAUCCUUCUAGGAUUGUUCAUAUUCGUCACUGGAACCUACGAGAGCGUGUUCUCCAUCGUCAGGGCGUUCCAGGUCUAGAUCUUACACCUAGUUGUUAAAUAUUUAUAAGAUGAAAUAGUUGUCUAUUGUUGACUCAUCAUAAUACAACCUUUAUAUUUUUAGAUAUCGCGCGUCGAGUUUUGUAGUAUAACUAUUUCGUAUUUUCGUGAACGAUAUUUAAUAUUUAAUGACAUAUUUAUUUAUUUAUUGUUUAAAUGUAUUUUGUGUAGUUUUUUAUUACCAAAUAUUACUAAACUAACCGUCUAACUUUAGAGAACUUCACAGACAUUUAAUGAUUCAUUAACCCAGGCCUUAGCAAUUGUUUUCGGAACAAAUCGUUACUAAGGAAUAGUUUAACUAAUUAGACAGACACUCUAUACAACAAAUUUUGCAUUUAAUGUCUCUGAGUACCUAAUGCAGUUAGACGGAUUAGUUGUAGUGUAUAUACUACCUGUUAUGAACAUGUUACCGCGUGGUUACCGUUGUCAAUUUGAACGAUCGUCAUAUAACUAUGUCUGACGUUUGUCCUAGUAAAUAUGUACAAGUGUUUCUUUUCCUCUAGAGCGAUAGUUGGUAAUGUCUAGUAUUACUGUCUCGAUCACCUAUCUCGUAUCACAACUGUGUUGUCCCUUGACUAUAUUUUGACAAAAUUACGCCUAGUAUCAAAGAUUUUGGGCUAAUGUGAGAAAUUUCGAAUUUAUUGAACUAUUUAGGUACUAAACUUUAAUCUUAAGCUCUAUAACUUUAUUUGCUGUAAUAUAGUAAUAUAUUACCACAUAGAUCAUUUAGUUAUGCACAGUUUUUAAUUGAUUUAUUAAUAUUUAUAUUUGUAUGUCGAUAAAAUCCCUUACCUACCUCUCAAGAAAAGGACGUAUUUUUGUUACAUUCAAUUGAAAAAAAUUGUGCGCUGUACUGUUGGCACCCAUGUAACCUCUUUGCCUCUGUCUAUCAAUCGUAAUAAGAUUUAAAAAUCUGUAUAGUAGUAUUAGUUGAAAUGUAGAUGUUUGAAAACUUAUUACAUUCCAUAGUAGCGUCAUUCCAGAAGAAUGUUUGAGCAUUCCAGUUUAUGAUGAUGCCGAAUUUAAAACAUAUUUUCUUACUACCUUUUGACCUAUAUUGUCAUUAUCAUAAGCUCUCUCUUCUUCUUAAUGAUAAACACCUGGUUAUAGAAAAAGUUGUAUACGAUAUUAGUUAUUAUGUACAAUGUUGUGUCAUAUAAUCAUGACCAAAGUAUUUUAGAGGCCUGUAGGUAAACAACCUACAUUUGUGUACGUACUAUAGCAGCUCGAUUCUCGAUAUAAUUAAACGUUAGGUUAAGUAUAAAGAAGUAAUCAUAAAUUAUUAAUGAAAUAAGUUAUUUUACAAGCAUUUUUUAAUUUGUAUCCUAUUCUUUGUGUUGACGAAGAACCAAUGACCUAAGACGUCAGUUUUUUUUAUACAUCGUCAGUUAUUUGAUAUCCUGGUUAGAAUAAAGAUGUUGAAAAAAGGUGGACGUACUCUCUUGAAACAACGACUGUGGUACCUGACUACUAUAAACUUACACGCAGAAUACACACACAUAGACACGAAGGACA